GAAGAAGAAGACUACUACUACUACUACCUUGCUCCACUAUAUAAAAAGGGCUUAGUGUAGCAAUCAUGCUUAAACAUGUUUCUACCAACAAAACCACACAAACACCACAAUGGACCCAAGAAUCUCCUUCUCCAAUGACUUUGCAGACAGCACACAACAGCACAAACCCAUGUACGAGAGCAACUACAGAGAAGCCCCUGUGUCUUCGGAUUUCGAAUUCUCGGUCAAAGACUUCGCCUUGAUACCGGCUGAUGAGAUCUUCUUCAAGGGUGUGAUUGUGCCAUUGAAGGAGGAGGAUCAUCAGCAAGGGAGGAGGAUGAUGACAUUGAGGGAAGAGUUGAUGGUUGAUGUUGAUCACCACCAUGGCCAGUUGCCAAGGGUGCCUAAGGUUUCCUCAGGUUGGUGGAAGGAGAAGUUGGGGUUGAAGAGAGGUGGCCACAACACUAACAAUGUUGUUGUUGGUGUGGUGGGUAAAAGAGGUGAAAGGAAUGGUGAUGGGAUUUUGGAGAGGAUUGAAGAGAAGAGGGCUUCUUCUUUUGUUCAUGGAGAGAGGCUAAGUUUAGGGAGUGCUAACUGAAGGUGAGGUGGUGAAGUUUGUUUCAGAGAGAUUAUGAGGGAUGAUUUGAGGUGCAAAUAUGAGUGAUUUGGGGGAAAAGGGCAGAAAAGAAUUAUCAUCAAGUCUCUUAACUCAUGAGAAAUUG